GCUCCUCCAGAUGGUCAUGGGUUCCUGAAAGUCCUGGAGUGUUUGAGCCAUCCCUUUGGCCAAGAGAAGACUGGAGGAGAAGCUGGGACACCUAUAGCUUGUGUUGGUCCAUAUGUUGUGCUGACCUGGAGCAAGGCUGUGAUGGGAGAUCUUGCCAUGGAGGUGGAGCAGCAGAAUGACCCGUCUCUGCACAAGGGAGGGAAAAAUGGGCAGCUGAGAUAUUCCCAGAAAUAUCGGAAGCAUAGAGGGAAAAGAAAGAUUAAUGGACUGUCUAUCCAUCUUGUUCUGAUCUCCCUGUACUUAACCAUCGCCUGGAGGCUUGGGUCAGCUGUCAUCUCCUGUAAUCCCAACCAUCUGCUCCAGGCACCCAUCCAGAGCUAAUUACAACAGCCUAAGCUGCUUGCAAGAAGUGUUUAAGACACUUGGAGUAAAUUGCCCUUUGGAUGCACCUUCUCACCUCCCUCUUGGUCUUCAGAGGGGCUUUUGAAGAUUAACUUGUGUGUCUCCACCUUUUCUGUCCCUUGAGGCUGCCAAGUGUUGUGAUAGUUAUUGAUAUUUGUGACAAUAAUUAGCAUGGGAUUCUGCAUCCGUAGCUGAGCUUUUAUUAGGAGUUCAGACUGUUGUGACUCUCUUGGAUCCUCAUUAAGGAGCUGGCAAUGUACAAUCAAGAUUUGUGUCUCUUAGACACCUGAACUGUAGCCAAAGCAGUGACAAACACUUGCUCCCUGAGGAGAGGUGUCCAUCGCCCAAAAAGACCUGCAGACACACAUAAAAGCAGCACGUUGCUGCAAGUGAAGAACUUCAUUCAAUUAAAAUAUGCAGGAGGCUUUCAAAGGCUUAAGAGAGACCUUCUGGUUCAUCUGGAAGGAUGGCUUCAAGGGCUGGUCCUGCAGAUUUAUCAUGGAGACAUCCUGAGGCUGUGGUGGCAUCCAAAGGGGCAGAGACCCUGCAGCUGGUAAGAGGAGGUGACCCUGUCCAUAAGUGAGUGUGACCCUUCCCCAAAAGGUCCUGGUGAGCUCUGUUAGACUGUCCUGCUCUGGUGUCAAUCCCACCUUUGGGGUGCUUUAUACCAGGUAAAGGUUUGCUUCUCUGUGUGGGUUAAAGAGAUGAAAUAUUUCUGCUGGGUUGCACUCUGGUAUUUUGAAUUCAACAGAUCAGAAAUUGUGGUGCUUAUGGUAUGUUUAAGGAGCCUGGGAGAAGAGAAGAGGAGAAUGCUCUCAAGGAAAGAUUAACCCAUCUGCUGUCCCUGAAAUAAAGUGAUAAUCACUUUAAAAAGUAAAUAAUGUUCCUAUAAAGAAAUACUCUGCUGAUGGAGAAUGGUUCUUCAAUGAGUCUUCUAACCCUGGUGCUCAUCUGGUAGGGUAAGACUUUCAUUCUCUUCUUUAAUCCUGUGAAGAUUUAAUAGUUUUAUCCUGAGCCUUUGUGUUAUUGGGGAUGGAAACCUGUAUUUCCCACUUUUGUUCAGGUGAACAGCUUGACUUGGUGCCUCAACUCAGGCAACCCCAGCUGAGAGUCUGGCUCAGCACAGCUCCAUGGUCUCAUCCAUGGCAUUGACUCCUCUUUGAGUGCCCUGACCACCAGAUGCGACCCUGUGCUACCAUCACCCUCCCUCUGAGGUGGUUUUCCUCCUCAGAUGGCACCUUAAAACAGUGAUUUAUCAGUCUGGAUCUUUUAUUUCCCUUGACCAUUCCCCUCCCUCGUGUUUUCUGCUGGUGGUCCCAGUCAGACCUUGUUUUCACUCAGAAACGAGGUGCAAUUAGCUGUUGGGCGCUGCUGUUUGCACAAGGAGAGCAUCCCGUGUGACUUUAUAUUCCAGGACAGCACAGUGGAUCCCACUUCUCUCUGGGUUUAGUCAGCAUGAUACAGCUGGCUCAUGCUCCUAAACACCCACAUUUGUCUCCUGACCCUUAAAUCACUUCUGAAAAUCAGGUUUCAUCUCCCAGACCACUUCUGGAAAUAUAAGGCAUGAUUAAUAUGACCAGAUCAUGAUGUUUUGUAGUGCCUACUGUCCCCUAUAAACAGAGACUCAUUUACUAAAGGGUUGAUUCAUCAUUUGUUAAACCCACAUCAGCUUUUUAUGCAGGAGACCAUGACACUGUGGGUAACACUUUUGCUCUGAAUGUCACAGGGGAAUCACAACAGGUUUUAUGGUGUUUACUCUCUUAUUUGUAUAUUCUCUAAAUUGUACCAAGGAAAUGCUGGAUGCUCACCCCAGUUUAAAAUAACAGCUUCUCACACAAAUUGUGCUCAUGAUCUCCCUGGCUUCACCUCCCCAAGAUUUCUGAGGCUGUAGUAUAAAGCUCCUCAUGUUCUGAAUAAGUUUUAGGACCAUGCAACACCCAUCUCUUCUGUUCCUCCCCACCUCCCAACAAAUUAAAGACCCUUUUCAUUACCACAAUGUCUUUUCCAAAACAAAUGAAAGAAAGCUACAAUUUUUUUACAUUUAUACCAAAUUACUACAAUUUUAAGCAGAGAUCUCUUCUUCUGGGCAUGUUGUCAUGAUCAGUUUGAAACAGGGAGCAGUAGAAACAAAUCUGGAGGAAAAACUUAAUCAUAGGAGGUCAAGUGAAGAACUGAUGAUUUGGUCUGUUUCACCUGAAACCCUUUUUGCUGCUGUAUCCAUCAAUCUCAUAGAAGUGUAGGUACCCAAAUGGGAUUCUGAGGUACAAGUGAACCUUCCCAAAGGUCUGACCCAAGUCAGAAAGCGGGAGGAGGUGUUUGGGAAAGCUGGGAUGCUCAGCAUUUGGAAGGGACCUCCUUGUUCCUCAGACAACCUCAGAGCACGUGGUUAUGUACAGUCCACCCUCUUCCAGCUCCCUAGAAAUCAAUGGUCUGGGUGUAAGUUAUAAACUUAUCCCAUUUCAGUUCAAAUAAAUCAAGACAUGGUUUCCACUGUCCUAUAUUUCAGGCUUUUUCCUUCCUCGGCAGACACAAAGCCCUGGAUGGCAGAGCAGAAUCGUACAUGGGUGGCUGAGUUCAUUCUCGAGGGCCUGAGCGACCGAGCGGAGAUGAAGGCAGCUCUGUUUGUGCUGUUGCUGCUCAUCUACACCAUCACUCUUCUGGGCAAUGUGGGGAUAAUCAUAGUCAUCCGAGGUGACCCACGGCUCCACACAUCCAUGUACUUCUUCCUCAGCAGCCUCUCCAUUGUUGACAUCUGCUUCUCCUCUGUGGUUGCCCCCAGGACUUUGGUGAACUUUCUAUCAGAGAGGAAGACCAUUUCAUUCACUGGCUGCAUGGGCCAAGCCUUCUUCUAUAUCAUCUUUGUGACGACGGAGUGUUUCCUGCUGGCCGUCAUGGCGUAUGACCGGUACGUGGCCAUUUGUAACCCCCUGCUCUACCCCUCUGUUAUGACUCGGAGGUUGUGCAUGUGGCUGGUGGUGGGGUCCUACAUGGGGGGUGUCCUCAACUCCAUCAUACAGAUGACCUUCAUCAUCAGGUUGCCCUUCUGCAGCUCCAAUGUCAUCAACCACUUUUUCUGCGAUGUUCCUCCCCUCUUGGCUCUGUCCUGUGCCAGCACCUACAUCAACGAGAUGAUCCUCUUCUCCUUGGCCGGUGUCAUUGAGCUCAGCACUAUCUCCACCAUUCUGGUCUCCUACAUCUUCAUCUCCUUUGCCAUCCUGAGGAUCCGUUCAGCCAAAGGCAGGCAAAAAGCCUUCUCCACCUGUGCGUCCCACCUGACAGCAGUGACCAUGUUGUAUGGGACAACAAUCUUCAUGUAUUUACGCCCCAGCUCUAGUUACUCCCUGGACACCGACAAGGUGGUCUCUGUCUUCUACACGGUGGUGAUCCCCAUGUUGAACCCCCUCAUCUACAGCCUGAGGAACCAGGAGGUGAAGGAUGCUCUGAGGAGAACAACAGAGAGGAUCACAGUCAGGCUCUGAACCCCGCUCUGUAAAGCCUGACAUGGGAUUUAUCUCGGAGGCUGUGGAGCCUCCACCCACGGACACAUUCAAAACUUGCUUGGACGAGGCCAUGGGCAACCUGAUGUGCCUGUGAAGUGGAACAUCACAGGAUAGUUUUUGAUCAGAAGGGACAUCUAGGAGAUCUCUGGUCCUAUGAAUGGCAAGUUAUCCACACAUACAUAGAUUGGAGUGUGCAUGUAAAAAUACAAUAUUAAAUAUCUAUAUUAUAUAAUGUAUGAUGCAAUAUAUUAUUGUAUUAAACGUAUAUGCCAACACAUCUGUGUUAGUGUUUUUUCUUGUCACCCUCUAGCCUCAGUUUAGCUGCUCAGUAAAUGGACGUGGGAAAUAUUGUUGGUUUUAGCAGAAAAAAUGUCUACACCAGAGAAAUGCUGAAUAAUUUAAUGGGUGGUGUUGGGCACUGGCGGUCUCAGUGAUUUAUGGUGCUGUGAAAAGCUCUUCCUUGGAAGGCUGGAAACACAAGAUCCAAAUGGAUAAACUUGGAAGCUUUAAUGCAUUUAGGGGGUGAUGGUGAAUAAACCAAGUGACUGAAAUACAAAAUCUUGAAUAGAAGUGUCUUUGAAGCCAGGCUCCUGAGCUGAAUUGCAGGGUUAAACUGAUCUCUGUCCCUUCUCUUUAGGAAACCAUAGGCCUUUCUCCUUUAUUUCCCCCCUACAACUUCUCCCUUUCCAAGCCUCGAAACAAAGCUCUAAUUAGAUUCCUAUUUCAUGCCCACAGUGGUUUGUUAAAUACAAAGACAAUAAUAUUAUCAGUAGAGUUGGCAUCCUGAGAUUUGCACUUUGGAGUGAGGCAGUGGGGAAAAGGAAUGAAAAAGACAACACAUGCUGAAACAACAGCAAAAAGAGGAUGAUAAUAAUAAUAAUAAUCUUUAUUUCUCUUGCAAGAAGUCCUGCCAGAAAGUGCAGCUUCCCCCCCUUUCACCAUGUUCUGAGCAGAAACUUUUUGUUGCUGUGGGAAUUCAAUACCAGCAGGGGGAACAGUAACCGUGAU